UGAUAGCAAUAAGCAAUUAAAGGAUCUUUUAGCGGGUAAUCAUAGAUCAGAGCUCAAGGAUGCAGAAGGGCGUCAAGGACAAGGAUCACAGCGACCAGCAACAGUCGAGGCAUCAGACGACAAACGAUGGCUUCCUUGGCAGUUUUUUAUCAAAGGGCCUGAAGACCAAUCAAUUGGUUGUGAAUACGGAUGAGAAGACCCUGCGACCCGUUGCACGACUGAAGGAACCGCGAGAUCUUUUCGCCCUGCCGAAGGACAAGGACAAUGACUGCUCACAGCAGGCCCCCAGAUGGCCCGUGGAGUGUCAGGUCAUCGAGGAGCGCAUCACACACAUUCCCUAUGUGCCGGCCCAGCCCGAGCCGCUCAAUAUACCGACGGGUAACGAGCUGAAGCCACGGCCCGUUGGCGAGGAGAAUGGCAUUGUUGUGUUCAGCUACAGUCCCAUCAGUGCCGUCAAUUAUGCAAAGCCCAGGGCCAAGAAGGACGAUGAGUCCAGCGAUGAAUCGGAUUACUCGUCGGACUCCAGGAUCGAUUCAACGCCGCCCAGUCGCUCGACGCCUGUGCGACAGCCGGCUGGGAGUCGCGGGGGCAAGCUGAACAGCGUCUCCAAGAUGAUCAACAGCCUGGACAAUCGCUCGACCAGCGCCUCCUUGGACGAUGACAAUGAUUUUGAAGACGAUUACGACUAUGACACGAGCGGAGCCGGCGGCGGCAGUGGCGAGGCCCGGGAAAAGGCCAUCAUCAAGGAUCUCAUCGAGGAGAAGAAGCGCCGCUACAUGAAUGCUGCUACUCCCACCACAGAGGAGAGACAGCAGCAAAACACUGCCGUGGCAAGUGCUGGCCACAACAGCCGGACGGCCAGCAGAUCGGACAGCAAACCCAAGAGCAGGUCGGCCGACAAGAGCACCAACGGUGACAUUGAUGACAUCUGGAAGAACAACACCAGCGAAUACAAGCCCGCGUCGCCGCGCUACAUCCUCAGCCAGUUCGGGAAGAAUGUGACCAAGGCCGUGAUCGAUCGUCUGGUAGAUCAUGGCGAUGACAAACACCACACAUCGGCCAGCGGCACUCAAAAGGUAUCGACGUCGAACAAGUAUGCCAUAUCCCCGAUCAUAUUGCCCAAAAAGAAUAUUGCUCGCCUGGAGAUCGCCUUUGAGCGCAGUGUCCGGCCCGUUUCCCCGGGCCCAGAACUGAAUAGCACUUUGGUGGGUAAUCACGUGCCGCUCAGCAGCACUGAUGUUAGCAUCAAUCGAAGUUCCGAUAGUUCCGAUUCCGAUACGGAAUCCGAUACGGAAUCACCCGACAGCGGCGGGGAAACAUCAUGUCAUUCAUGCCGCCUUGCUGGUGGUGCUGAUGAUAUGCCAGCGCCUUCUGGUGGCUCUGGAAAUGUAUCCGAAACGGAAACCCUGGUGGGGGAUGCAAGAAAGAUCAAAACCAAGCUAGCGUCUGGGGGGCAGCAGAAGGGCAAGCCCCCACGGAAGAGGUCCUUCAUGCUAAGUGGCAGCAAUAUACCAUAUUCGCAGGCGGCUACCCUUGCAGCGGCAGGAACUGCUUCAAGGGGGGCACGCCAUGGUGAAACAGAGCCAAACUCCAUGGAUAGACUCAAGGGUGGGACGGGGGUUCUGACUAGCACUAGCACCAUUCCUGGCAGUAGCACAGGCACUAUCACGAGUAGCCUUAAUGCUUACAGGCUGAGCCAAGAUUCAUCCCUGCUGAAGCAGCAAUCGUUCCAGAGUCAAGAAUCAUCGACUAAUCAGGAGACGAACACCUCGUCUCAAUCGUUGUUAUCCUCUUCUAAUCCUCUACCACAAGAACAGUUCAGCCGUUCGGCGGUGGGCGGUGCAAAAUUCGUCACGAACUGCCAUCCCAUGAAUCCCGAGGAGUACGACGGCCUCGAGUUUGAGUCCCGCUUCGAGAGCGGAAACCUGGCCAAAGCGGUACAGAUCACGCCCACCUAUUACGAGCUGUACCUGCGUCCCGAUCUCUACACGAGCCGCUCCAAGCAGUGGUUCUACUUCCGUGUCCGACGCACGCGCCGCAAGAUGCUCUAUCGCUUCUCGAUUGUGAAUCUCGUGAAGUCCGACAGCCUCUACAACGAUGGCAUGCAGCCGGUCAUGUACUCCACCCUGGGGGCCAAGCAGAAGAACGAGGGCUGGCGGCGCUGUGGCGACAAUAUCUGCUACUAUCGGAAUGAUGACGAAAGAAGUACCAGCAAUAAUGCCAACGAGGAGGACGAGGACAACUCCACAUACACGCUCACAUUCACCAUUGAGUUUGAGCACGAUGAGGAUACGGUUUACUUUGCCCACAGCUAUCCGUACACGUACAGCGAUCUGCAGGACUAUCUCAUGGAGAUCCAGCGUCAUCCGGUCAAGUCAAAGUUUUGUAAACUGCGUCUGCUCUGCCGGACUUUGGCCGGGAAUAAUGUCUACUAUCUGACGGUGACGGCGCCGUCCAGUAACGAAGAGAAUAUGCGGCGCAAAAAAUCGAUUGUGGUUUCGGCACGUGUCCAUCCAAGCGAAACGCCCGCCUCAUGGAUGAUGAAGGGACUGAUGGACUUUAUCACUGGCGAUACGACAGUGGCCAAGCGGCUGCGCCACAAGUUUAUCUUCAAGCUAGUGCCAAUGCUGAAUCCCGAUGGUGUGAUCGUGGGCAAUACGCGCAAUUCGUUGACCGGCAAGGAUUUGAACCGUCAAUAUCGCACGGUUAUCCGUGAGACAUAUCCAUCCAUUUGGUAUACAAAAGCCAUGAUUAGAAGACUGAUUGAGGAAUGCGGCGUGGCCAUGUACUGUGAUAUGCACGCGCACUCACGCAAGCACAACAUAUUUAUUUAUGGCUGUGAGAACAAGCGGAAUCCGGAGAAGAAGCUCACCGAGCAGGUAUUCCCCCUAAUGCUGCACAAGAACAGUGCGGACCGGUUCUCCUUCGAGAGCUGCAAGUUCAAAAUACAACGCAGCAAAGAGGGCACUGGUCGUAUUGUGGUCUGGAUGCUGGGCAUCACCAAUAGCUAUACGAUUGAGGCAUCCUUUGGUGGCUCCUCGCUGGGCUCACGCAAGGGAACGCACUUCAAUACGCAGGAUUACGAACACAUGGGACGUGCAUUUUGUGAGACACUGUUGGACUAUUGCGAUGAGAAUCCAAACAAAAUUUUAAAUUUACUCAAACAACAGGACAGGUUGCGAUCCAAAAUCAUCGAAAGACUGAUGAGAGAAGGCUCUAGUGCAGACGAGCCAUUGAAUAUACCAUUAUCGGAUUACUCAAGCGACGAGGGCAACUGCAGCUCCAGCUCGGACAACGAGGGCAAGCACUCAAUCACGGCUUCCGACCUCGAGGGACCCUGCUGUGCCCCCAUAAGAGCUCCGCCCAGUUCGCCCGAGGUCGUGCAUGAGAUACGAAAGUUCCGCGUGCGUCGCAUGAGGAAGGUGAUGCACGAACUGGAUCGCAUUUACUUCACGCCGCUGUUCCAGCGCAAGUUUAAGGCCCUCACCACACUGAAGCGACGCCGCCACAAAAUGGGUGUCACCAAGACGCCAGCGCCGCCCGUUGGCAAGCGCCUCAAAGGUGGUGGUGCUGCUCCCGCCGCCGGCUCAGAGGCCAGCGCUUUGCUGGCAGAUCAGUUUAUGCGCAAGCAGUUGAAGAAAUCCCCAAAGAAACACAAAGAAAAGGAAAGCUCCGACAGCACUGGAUCGAGCUCCCAAUCGCAGGAUAGUGAGACAGCCACUCCCACAGAGACACAAAAGAAGCCAGCAGUGGGAAGGACAACCUGCGGUGCUGCCACGAGCCAGGCUAGGGCUAGUAGCACGGGGGGUUCGUCUAAACAGAAGUCCAAGAAGAAGAAGUUUAUGCCCACGGAGAAGAAGAAGCCGCCAUCGAAUCCCAAGCUGCAUGUGGAUCGUAAUUUUCGGUUGUGGCUGGCCAAUCGCAAGAUCUUCAUAUAUCGCCGCAAGAAGUGCUUACAGACGCGUCGCACUCGUGUGCGCAACAAGGCGGUCAAGAAGCGCGGCGAGGUGGUGCGCACCACUCUGGAUCUACCCACCACCGAUCCUGGCUCCGAUCUGCACUUCUCCACCGACGAUGAGGAGCACUCGCCCACAAGCGGGCCGAGUGGUUACGGGGCGGUGGCCCCUCUGCGGCACACCCUGCUCCAGAGCGAUCUGCAGAGGCGCUACAUCGAGGAGAUCGGCGACACGGUGGUGCAGAAGCCAAAGCCCGCCCACAUGCCACCGGAGCUGAUUGUGACCACGCCCUCGAAGAGCAAUACCCCUGGUGGUGGCAAGAAGCUCGACAUCUACAAGCUAACGCCACGCACAGCUCCCGAACUGGAUGGCGGAGCGAAUCUGGGCAUGGGAAUGUACAAGCAGCAGGGCAGCAGCAGUGGAGUAACGUCGUCGGCCAGGCGUACCUACUCGUGGCACAAUCUCGACCAGGAGGCGGCGCUUUCCGGCAACAGCAACAGCAUCAGCAAACAUGCAGCCAAUUUCUAUAUAAACGAGGCCAAGGCAGCGAUGAAGAUCAAGCCACCGCCACGAAGGAAUGUUCCCAGCAACUUUAUACCCCAGCGACAUGCCACAAACACGUCCUCAGCGGAUGAUCUGCAGCUCAAGCUAUCGCUGAAGAAAAAAAUCUGGACAGGAGUCCAUGGGGAGCCCGAUGGACGACCGCUCUCCUGGGUUAGGGGUCACAUGAACCAGAGUCAGGCCCAGGCCCAGGCCCAGGCCCAGUCACAGGCUCAGAUGAGCAACAUGACCAAUGUAGCCAAUGCCAUACGCAGCGCUGGUGGGGGAGGAGGAGGAGCAUCAGGAAGCCGCCCCAUGUUCGUUGCCAGUGGCAGAGAGGCGGGUGGAGGCAUUACAGCAGCAGCAGCAGGAGCAGCAGCAGGAGCAGCAGCAGGAGCAGCAGCGCCCGCCCUUUUGGGUGCCACACGCAAGCACAGGUCGAAACUCGAGCAAGUGGAUUUGUUCAACGCCUGCUCCCAGAAACUUAUAAUGUGGCAGCAACAGGAGGAGCACAAGAAAACGCAGCCGCAGCGUCUCAUACGCGUAGAGGAUCAACAGCAGCGAGAGGCGAUGCGCUCGUUCAAGCCCAUGCAGUUGGGCAAGAAACAAUCGUUGGGUGUCAAGACCGCGUCCGGCUUUGGCCCCGAUGCCAGCAGUAGUGGUCUGAAGGUCAAACGCAAGUCGAGCAGCAUGAUGAAGAUUGCCGAGACCACGCAGCUGGUCACUCGCUUUGCCCGCACCCGCGGCAGUUCCGGCGGUGCGGCAUUGCAGCAGCAACACCAGCACCAGCAUCAGCACCAGUUGCAGCAGCACCACCCGCCUCAGGGCCAGCGGAUGAUGUUCAAGAAUCCAUCGGUGGCCAGUUCGGGCAGCGGACGCCAUUACUCCGCUGGAAUGAUCAAUCCCCAGCAUGCACGACGUACCAGCAAGUUCAAGACGGGCGGACUAGUGGUCACUGCCGUCCAGCAGCCAGGCAUGGCGCCCGGCAGCAGUAGCAGCUCUCGCCGGAUGCGCAAUGCAGCAGGACUGCCGGGCAAGCCUAGCACGGGGCACAAUGCAGGACUCGGAGCAGCAACUGGAAGCAUUAGCAGCGGCGGUGGUGGUUUGCUGCAGUAUCAGCGAAACAGCAGCACCACCAUACAGAUCAGCAAAUCGUCCACGACGGCCAUCAACCUGGACACGGUCAAUCUGGUGCGCAAGGUGAAGACCAAGCUGAAGAAGCGCAAGAACCGCACUUUGUCCAACGGAGCUGCCAAGUAGGAUACACCACACAACCCCCAUUAGACCCCCCCAUUAGACACUUUCCUCCCAAGAAACCAGCUACAGCUGCUGCUACACCAAUAUCCUUCCAUCACCAGGAGGAGGCUAUUGAAUGUGUGUUUUAGUGUUCAAUUUAGUUCCCCUUACCGCCCACCCCAUAUUAUUUUUGUUUCGCUUUAAAUCGAAAUUUUUAGUCGAAUUUUCAACCCAAAAGUUUGUUAUGCAAAAAGGACUAGUCAAAAUUAAUAUAGUUAUAUCCCAUACAAAUACAUAUAUAUACAGCAUACCAUAUAGAGUGGAUAAUGCGUAUAUUAAAUCAAAUCUGUACCUAUGAUUAAUAUCCAUAAA